AUGGCGGCAGCCCCAGAAGACCGCCAGGUCCCAGUCCCCCCGGAGAACGUCAAGGCGCGCCUCAAGGAGUCUUACGACAUUAUCGCCCCGGCCUAUAACGACUGGACCGCCCAGCACUCGUCUCUCCGCAUCGAGUACCUCGAGAAGCUCAUGGAGAAGCUCCUCGCCGCCAAGCCGCUGUCCGGCCAGAUGUCCCUCGUCCUCGAGCUGGGCUGUGGCUGCGGCCUCCCCGCCACCGAGCGCCUGCUACUGGCCCCGGACGUCUUCGUCACCGCCAACGACCUGUCGAGCACCCAGAUCGCCCUGGCCCGGGAGAACCUCGCCCACCACGGCACCGACCGCGUCGCCUUCGUCGAGGGCGACAUGAUGGGCCUCGACUUCGCCGACGCCUCCUUCGACGCCGUCGUCGCCAUGUACAGCAUCAUCCACCUGCCGCGCGACGAGCAAUCCGACAUGAUCCGUCGUAUCUCCAAAUGGCUGAAGCCCGGCGGCCUGUUGCUCGCCAACUUCGCCUCGGAGAACAUGCCCGGCCUCGUCAUGGACAAGUGGCUCCAUGACAAGGGCUGGAUGUACUGGAGCGGCUGGGGCGCCGACGAGACUCUAAGCAAGGUCAAGGACGCCGGCCUCGAGGUCAUCCUCAACGACGUCGUCCAGGACGAGGUGGACGCCACUUUCUUGUGGAUUCUGGCCAAGAAGUAG